AACAGCACAGUAGCAGAGACGGCAACGUGUCCGACGUAGAGUACGUGGAGUCACAGGGUUGGCCGGCUUUUGACUUUUUGACAGAACAUCCGCCCGAGCAGCGGAUGGUUGACCAAUUCCGACGCGGUCGUCGCGCCGACCCCGACUAGCUGCCUAAAAACCCACCCAAUCCGCCGGAAUCCCUCAGUCGGCAAAAAUAAGACCCAGCACCAUCGGCGCAGGCGGCCGGGCGAUUUAGAUUUGCUUUCCCUCCUUCGCCUCCUGCGACAGAUCGGGGAUGGCCGCGCGGUCGCGGGCGCUCCGCCUCCUGCCGCUGCUCACCUUCGUCGCCCUCGGCAUGGUCCUAGGUUCCCUGCUUCAGUUAGCAUUUUUCCGCCGGCUUGAUGAUCACUCCCGUGCUGCAUGGCAGAUACGGGGCAUCUCGGUAAUGAUCAAGAGGCAGCAGAUCUUCGACUUGGAUACGUGAAGCCUGAAGUUAUCAGCUGGAAACCCCGAAUAAUUGUUUUCCACAACUUUCUUAGUUCAGAGGAGUGUGAUUAUCUAAGAGAAAUUGCUAGACCAAGGCUUGAGAUUUCUACUGUAGUUGAUGUUGCAACAGGAAAAGGUGUAAAGAGUGAUGUUCGCACAAGUUCUGGUAUGUUUGUGAACUCUGAAGAAAGGAAAUUUCCAGUCAUUAAGGCAAUAGAGAAGCGGAUUUCUGUAUUCUCACAGAUACCUGUAGAAAAUGGGGAACUCAUCCAAGUAUUGCGGUAUGAACCAAGCCAAUAUUAUAGGCCGCAUCAUGAUUACUUCUCUGAUACUUUCAACCUCAAACGUGGGGGGCAGCGUGUUGCUACAAUGUUGAUGUAUUUGACCGAUGGAGUUGAAGGUGGCGAAACCCAUUUUCCUCAGGCAGGAGAUGGUGGUGAAUGCAGUUGUGGAGGAAGGAUGGUCAGAGGACUAUGUGUGAAGCCAAACAAAGGAGAUGCUGUGCUCUUUUGGAGCAUGGGAUUCGACGGUAACACAGACUCGAACAGCCUUCACAGCGGAUGCGCUGUUGUAAAAGGGGAAAAGUGGUCAGCCACGAAAUGGAUGAGGCAAAAGAUGACUUUCUGAUUGCGGAUAGGCAUUCUGGCAUAUAGGCAUAAUAGAGAGGGGAUUCUUUUCCUUGUAAUCUGUAGUACAGAUAUACAACAUUAAAGGAAUAAAUAAAAAGUGGAAUGAUAUCUUUACUAGCA